AUGAUUUUGAAUACUCUGUUCUAUGCAUAUAUUGGAAGAGUAUCGAACUUAUUUAGCUUUGCUUCUUUGUUUAGGUUUGUGAUUUGUCUUUCUUUCAAUUAUAUAAAGUCAUUUGCUUCGAGUUUUGCUUCCAAGGAUCUUCCGGUUCAUGUGCUGGUUAAUAAUGCUGGUUUGGUUGAGAACAAACGUACUACCACACCUGAAGGGUUUGAGUUAAAUUUUGCGGUGGAUGUACUUGGGACAUACACAAUGACAGAACCGAUGCUUCCACUGUUGGAGAAAGCGUCACCUGACGCCAAGUCAUCACCGUCUUCUCUGGUGGAAUGUACACGUCGCCACUUACUACAGAUCUUCAGUGGUGAAAAAUUCAAUGGAGUGUUACAAUACGCAUGGAACAAACGAAUCCAGGUGGCUCUGACAGAAAAAUGGGGUGGUAAGUACAAGAACAAAGGCAUAGAUUUCUACUCAAUGCACCCUGGCUGGGCUGAGACACCUGGUGUCGCCAGGAGUUUGCCUAGUUUCAAAGAAUCUUUCUCUGGUAAGCUUAGAACCAGCGAAGGAGCAGACACAGUCGUUUGGGUAGCACUUCAGCCUAAAGAGAAGCUUGUCUCUAGUGCAUUCUAUUUCGAUAGAGCAGAAGCACCAAAACACCUGACACUUGCAGGUACAAGCAAGUCUCAUGACCUUAUAGACUGUCAUCGAUACCGUGCAUUCCAUGGCAGCUCUUGA